ACUCUCCAGCGCCCUGCCCAUGGACUCCCUGCCCCGACCGCGGUGGAUCUCCGUGGACCGAACAAGUGCUUCCCGCCGGACGUCCUGCAACACUCCGCGUCCCCCGUCCUGCCCUGUGAUUGGCUAAGCCUCUGGACCGAGGAGGAGGGGGGUCAGGGUUCAUAGCCCGGUCUGCCUUUAAAACCGUUAUUUAUUAUCUCCGUUGGAUAUGAUGAAUCGCUGUCAUUAUUCGCGGGUAGCUCUCUUGUGGGGUAGAACAGCAUAGUUCAUAUAUUAUCUCCGUGUUAUUCCUACGCUAUGGACGGGAUACUGUGCAAAGCGUUGUUUCUACUGUUGGUGAUCCUGUUAUGUGGAGCGCAGGAGAAGUCCUGCGACGAACCGCUGGAUCUGUACUUUGUCCUCGACAGGUCUGGCAGUGUGUCUGGACACUGGGAUGAGAUUUAUGGCUUCGUUAAGAACUUGACCGACCGAUUCACCAGUCCCAGGCUGAGGCUGUCCUUCAUCGUGUUCUCAUCCAGUGCGCGUGUAGUGCUUCCUCUGACUGAAGACAGGUCUCAGAUCGAGGAGGGUCUGAAGGUUCUGAGUGAGAUCAAACCAGCUGGAGAGACCUUCAUGCAUGUCGGGCUGGAACAAGUGCAAGAGCAGAUAAAAGGAAAAACAGACGUCUCGUCCUCUGUGGUCAUCGCCCUGACCGACGGGAAACUGGAACCUUACAUCAACGAGCUCUCUAUCAAAGAGGCUGACAAGGUCAGACGUCACGGGGCCAUGGUCUACUGUGUGGGGGUCAUGAACUUUGACCAAAGUCAGCUGGUGGAGAUCGCCGACGGACCCAAUCACGUGUUUCCUGUUCUCAACGGCUUCCAAGGCCUCGGAGACGUCGUUUCCACGGUUCUGGACCAGUCGUGCAGACAGAUCUUCCGGAUAGAGCCAACCAGUGUGUGUAUUAAUGAGUCCUUCCACAUUGUGCUCAGAGGGAGUGUUGUUAGUGGAGCCAAGAGAACUGAGGCAGCUGGUCGCUUCUGCCUUCUAACCAUCAACAAGCUCCCCCCUCAGAGGGUAAAUAUGAUCGCCAAUGGUGACCAUUUACUGUGUGAAGCUCCCGGACUGCAGGAGCUUAGCGAAUCUAUGGAAGUAUUGAUCAGCCUAAACGACGGAGAAUCCUACAUCACCAGUCCCUUCAUCAUCCACGCAACCGCAUGUUCCAAAGGGAUUUGGGUUCUAUGGCUAAUCUUGGCUCUGUUGGCUCUGUCGGCACUGGCUGUCUUCUGGUGGUUCUGGCCGCUCUGCUGCACCGUGGUGAUCCGAGACCCUCCUCCGGCCCGCCCCCCUCCUCCUCCUCCCCCUCCACCCGAGCCGGAGGACGACGCCCUGCCCAGACACAGGUGGCCCCAAGUGGACGCCUCAUACUACGGCGGCCGCGGCGCCGGGGGCAUCAAGCGCAUGGAGGUGCGCUGGGGCGACAAGGGUUCCACGGAGGAGGGCGCCCGCCUGGAGAAGGCUAAGAACGCUGUGGUGACCAUGCCUGACCAGGUGGACGAGCCCAUCUUACCCAAACCCCCGCCCAGACCACCUCCCGAAUACAUCCCCCCGGUAGCGUCCCGAUGGUACACUCCCAUCAAGGGCCAUAUGGACGCGCUGGGGGCAUUGUUACGGCGACAGUAUGAUAGAGUGGCCAUCAUGAGACCCUCAUCCCAGGACCAGGGACGCUGCAUCAACUUCACCAGAGUGCAGCAUCAAUAGAGAGACCAAACAGGACAGUAGGAGAAAGAGACUGCUACAGGGCAAUAGGAGAGAGAGGCUAAGAUAACCUGUUAGUGGAAAAUACUGAGAGUGGACAGACGGAACGGUUAAAUUAUGGCAUGGUUACACUCUCUCGCACACACACACACACACACACACACACACACACACACACACACACACACACACACACACACACACACACACACACACACACA